UAUUUCAAUUAUUCAACUAUGGACGAUGUAUAUGUCUGGGGUCACUAAUAAGUUGGGGCGUUCUGAUGAUUAUGGAUUCAUUGAUCCCCAAGACAUUCAUGAAUCAAAUGAUUUUGAUCAUAUCAACACGAGAAUGAUAAGCAGUUUUCGAAGGGGCAAGAAAAUAUACUUUUUGCCUUAUAUAUCCGGGCGCCAUUGGCAACUUCUUGUUAUGUCUGUGCAAGACAACUAUGCUUUGUGGUUCUGCUCAUUGCACAGGCCUCCUCCCACACAACUCAGACAAGCAAUUGAUUGUUCUAUUCCAGCAAGUAUGAUGAUGGACGGGAGAUCAAUUGUUAAGAGUAGAAAGAUUGCUUGGAUUUCUCUCAAGUGUAACAGACAAAAUGGGUCAUAUGAGUGUGGAUACUAUGUAAUGUAUUGGAUGACCCAUAUUGUUCGUUCUCACAUCACAAGAAGCUGGGAAACGAGAUUCAAGACUACUACACCAGUUCCUGAGAAGUCACUAUUAUUCAUUAGGAACGCUGCUGCGAAGUAUAUAGUUAGAUUAUACAAUAGCUCUUAGAUUUAGAUUUAAACAAUGCAUUUGAUUAGAUAGAAUUUUC